ACCCUCCUUACAUUCGUUUCUCCUAUUCUAACCCUCGAGGAGGAGGAAGAGUUGGCUUUCUUUUAUGGCUGAAAUAAGUCUAGUCUUCUCGACUGGACAACGUGUGUCGGGUGUUUGAAUUCCACGGUAGUUGCCAUCUUUUGCCUGUGUGCUUAUAAUAUUCCAUUUCUCUGGCAAAUUUCAAAUUUCAAGUGACAUCUGCACUCUCCAACUUUCAUUCAAGCCCAUAUAUUGCGUAAUAAGCUAUGUCGAGUUGAUAGAGUUCCGUUUCCAACUAGCACCGUUCUCGCCACGUCAUUGGAUUCUCUACCGACAACUACCAACACGAAUCAGCCCGACGCUUUCGAAAUAUCUAAAUGUCAUUCCAACAACCGACAGAGGCGAGGAGUGUCGGACCAGUUUUUGCGAGAUGCAAGCGUGCCAACCGCCGGAGAUGCAUGUGGGCUUAUCUGGUUGGACUUAGUGUUCUUGCGCUGAUCCUGGUGACAUCACAUCUACCUCGUUCUGGCUUCAAUCCCACGACUUUUGUCGAUAAUGAUGACCCAAUCGAAAGCGUUGGGCUUUGGAGACGCCAUUUGUUGGCAAACGAAGAAAAACGAACAUCGACUGCAACGCCAAUUUUAGAUCCGUUCGCCGGAAUCAACUGCACUCCUCCGGCUAUUGAAGAAUUUCCAAGGCCAGGCAUCCCGCAGUAUGUCCGAGUCAAGGGUGGUCUCGUGGUCCACUUGCUCGUUUCCGCUUACAUGUUCCUGGGUCUAUCCAUCGUCUGCGAUGACUACUUCGUUCCUGCACUCGAAAGGAUGGUGGAAUCCCUGCACAUGUCUCAAGAUGUGGCGGGAGCUACUUUUAUGGCAGCUGGUUCAUCCGCUCCAGAACUUGCAACUGCAGUGAUUGGAGUAUUCAUAGCCAAGGAUGACAUAGGUAUCAGUGGCGUGAUUGGCUCUGCCGUCUUCAAUAUCAUGUUUGUUAUCAGCGUGUGCGCCCUCUUUUCCGGAGGUGUCAUCUAUCUGAAUUGGUGGCCGCUUGUUCGUGACUGCAUCGCUUAUUUCGUGGCCAUAUUUGCUCUUCUCUUCACCAUCUACAAUGAAGUUGUCACAUGGUACGAGUCGACCAUUUUCCUGAUGCUCUACGUGGCCUAUUGUGUAAUGAUGGUCUACAACUCUCAACUGGAGCGAUGGGCAAACACUUUGCCUAUUCCUAUUCCCGACUACGCCCGUAGACUUCCCGGUGGGGAAAACGCGUCGCUGAUGCCCUACAAGAAUCUUGACUCGGAGGCAGGUGGCAUUAGUGGCCCCGCUGGGAAACUCUACUCCGACGAAAGAUCCCCCGAUUCUGUGAAAUCUUCGAUUGACGGAAAUGUUGGUCCCAGUGACGCUGGAGGCACUUCCGGCCCUUCGAUCAGCAAGAUUAAAGAGGAGGAGGCAGAGCGAUUUUCGCCGUGGGUACCACCAGUAGAAUUUCUAGACCGGAUCACGUGGGCCAUCUGCCUGCCGUUGCGUGCUGCUGCUUACUACACGAUGCCCAACUGCCGUUUAGAGAAAUGGGGCAGUUGGUUCCUUGUUUCUUUUUUCAUCAGCAUGCUCUGGAUUUCCAUCUUUUCCUACGUCAUGGUCUGGAUGAUCACUAUUAUUGGUUUCACUAUGGGAAUUCCGGAUACUGUGAUGGGAUUGACGUUUGUGGCUGCUGGUGUCAGUAUUCCCGACAUUCUAACCAGUUUGGCUGUUGCCAGAGAAGGUUACGGUGACAUGGCUACAUCCAACGCCAUCGGCAGCAACGUUUUCGAUAUUCUCAUUUGUCUGGGGCUACCUUGGUUUCUUCAAACGGCCGUCGUUGAUCCGGGAAGUGUAGUUCGAGUCAUCAGCAAAGGAUUAACAUAUUCAACCCUAUCAUUGCUGUCAACCAUUGUUUUCUUGUUGGGCGCCACUCAUCUGAAUGGCUGGAAGCUGGAUCGCAAAUACGGAGUUGCCCUUCUGGGGUGGUAUUUGUUCUUCAUGAUCAUCGCUUCUAUGUACGAGAUGAACAUCUUUGGCUACUUUAACCCACCGGAAUGUGACAGCGAAUUUUGAGAAAUGGAGCGCAUCCAUUCUAGGUGACCAUCUUACACUAACAAAUAUCAUCUUCUUGGCAACUCCAGUCAUGCAGUAUUUAUAGGGAAUCAAUUCAUGGUAACCUGGAUUCAACAGGGAAUGAAGCUGAUAUAUAAUUCGCACUAUCUAGCUUACAAGCUGUUUCCCGGAGCCUGAACGGGCUCCGCAGCUCUCGGCCGCACAUACAUGGUCCUUGGUAGAGCUCAAAAUUUUUAUUCUACUAAUCUAUACAGAUACAACUGCAACGAUGUUUACAUUCACAAUAAUAUAAAAUUAUAGUUCAUUUAUUGUGUGGUUUAAAAUUUUGUUUAUUAUUUUGCGAUGGUCCGCCAUCGUCCUUUUGUUUGUUUACAUUUGAUUCGUAUUUCGGUGUCUCGACGUGUGCCAAUUUGUUGAUGUUAAAUAAGUAAGGUUGCUUUCCAUUUUCCUCUUUUGUUAAUUUCAGUAUUAUAUUUCGCAAUCUAUUUCACCGUGAAACCUUGUUUAUCGUAAAUCACUACUUACAAUUCCGAAUCGAAGUAUUCACCAGCAAAAUUUUGACGUUCGUCGAGCGGUGAGCUACAAUGGAUGUUGAUUUUUCAUUUCCACUUUUCUCAUUUAAUAUAACCGUUCAUCACCCUAUUCCACAUACAUUACGCAUGUUUCUCACCUGAAAAAUCUAGCGCAUUUCUUAAUUUUAGGCUGAAUGUACUACUCCGUGUUAGUAGCAACUCAAGCUAAUAAAUCAACCGUCUGUCAGA